AUGGGUUCUGUCCAAAGAUCCGGGAAUUGUGAUUACGACAUUGUUAUCGUUGGUGCUGGCUUAUCAGGAAUUAAUGCUGCAUAUCGUAUCCAAACAGAACUUCCAGGCCUGACCUACACUAUACUCGAGAAUCGCGGAGCAAUUGGUGGAACGUGGGAUCUAUUUCGAUAUCCUGGCAUCAGAUCCGAUUCAGAUUUACAUACAUUUGGAUUCCCAUGGCGACCAUGGAUGAGCUCCCAGUCAAUCGCUGACGGUGAAUCAAUCCGCAAUUAUUUCAGGGAAUCUGCCGAGGAAUAUGGCAUUGAUAAGAAGAUACAAUUUCACCAUAAUGUUACGUCGGCAGACUGGUCAACGGAACAACAGCAAUGGUCAUUAGCAGUCAAUGCCGGUGGAAGAAAGAGUACUAUAAAAGGACGAUGGAUCAUUUGGAGUACAGGUUACUAUGACUACAGCGAGCCAUUGAAAGUCGAAAUAGCUGGACUAGACAACUUUAAGGGCAAGAGGAUACAUCCUCAAUUCUGGCCCCAAGAUCUCGAUUACACCGACAAGAAAAUAGUCGUCAUUGGAAGUGGUGCUACAGCAAUUACACUGAUACCAAAUCUGGCAGACAAGGCAUCCCAAAUAACAAUGUUACAACGAAGCCCUUCAUGGAUACUAGGAGUUCCCGCAACAGAUGGCACUGGAAGUUCCAUGCGCAAAUAUCUUCCAAGUUGGAUGGCUAGCCAAUUGAUACGUUGGAAAUUUCUCGUACUCCCACUACUAUUCUUUCACUUCUGUCGCCAGUUUCCCAGCACCGCUUGCAAAAUCCUUCGAGCAAGGACCAAGAAGGAAAUUCCAUCAGCCAUGCCCAUCGAUCCUAAUUUCAGCCCCAAAUACAAUCCUUGGGAACAACGUCUAUGCAUCUGUCCAGACAGCGAUUUUUUCAAAUGUCUUCACUCGGGAAAAGCCUCUGUCGUAACUGAUACCAUUAAAACCGUCACAUCAUCUGGUAUUGAACUCGAAUCAGGGAAAAGCCUCGAUGCCGAUAUAAUCAUCACAGCCACCGGACUUAAGAUGCAACUCGCUGGUGGCGCAAAAGUGAGCAUCGACGGCGUCCCUUACGACUAUUCUACCAAGUACAUGUGGAAAGGCAUGAUGCUUCAAGACAUGCCUAACGCAGUAACUGUGAUCGGGUAUACAAAUGCCUCAUGGACAUUAGGAGCUGAUACUACCGCGGGAGUAUUGGUUCGAUUGCUUAAACACAUGCGAGACAACAAUAUUGUAUCAGCCGUACCGAAAGUUCAUGGCGAUAAAAUGGUCUCUCAACCCAUGGUGAAUUUGAGUAGUACGUACGUGGAGAAAGCAAAGGGAUAUUUACCCAUGGCGGGCGAUAGGGGUCCGUGGAAACAGAGACAGAAUUAUCUUGUUGAUUAUUGGGUUGCGCAGUAUGGAAAUCUGACGGAGGAACUGGAGUUUACUAACGCUGGGGGUGCAGGGUUUGAUAAGAACCAAUGA